ACUUUUUCAAAGAAACAAAGGACUAAGUUCUGUUCUGUCUUUCCAGGAGGUCCAGUGCAUAGACACGUCCCUGAUGGAUCCUGCCAGUAACAUCACGACCUUAGUGGGGCCCAAUGCCUUUCGCAUCCCUUUGUCCAUCAGACAAAAGCUGUGUGGAAGUCUGGAUGCACCGCAGACCAGAGGCAAUGACUGGAGGAUGCUGGCCCACAAACUCAACCUUGACAGAUACCUGAACUACUUUGCCACCAAGUCCAGUCCAACAGGUGUGAUCUUAGAUCUGUGGGAGGUCCAGCACUUCCCCGAUGGAGGCCUUAAUGAACUGGCCGCUGUGCUGGAAGAGAUGGGUCGCCAUGACGGUACCCUUGCCUCCAUGACAACAGAACAUUGACAGAGCAAAAGAAAAAGAAAAAAGGUUGCCCAGACAGUGACAGAACUCUGAAGAAGAUUACACAUGGAAUUCUCCCCGGUUGAUGCUGCAGCAAGGGCAAUGAACGACUUUGAUGUGAGCGAAAAAGAAAAGUUGUUGCCAUGGUGAUUGAGCUCCAGUUAAAUACCACGGUACUCAUGCCGACAUGGUAACGGACAGAACGAGAAGGCUUGAGCUGGUUCUGCAAAUGAUGUGUGUGUGUUUUUCUCUGUGUGUGUGUGUGUGUGUGUGUAUUCGUGGGAUGUUGCAGUGUCCACACGUGACCGAAGGAGAGAGAUAAACCAACACGACCACACAAACAAGAGUCUAUCAGGAACAAACAAAACACACGCCUAACAACAACAACAACAACAACAACAAAAGACAUUGUCUCAUGUAACACGACUUGUUCUCUUGCAGUUACUUUAUACGGAACAAAGACAAGGAAGGAGAAGAGAAAAAAAUAAAAGGCAACCAGCGUAGCGACCUUGAAAUUCUCUAUAGGAAUGGAACAGAAUCAUUAAAGGGAGAGCGGGUUAAACUGAUUACAGUGAACUGGGGAAAAAGGUAGAUUGAGGAAACAGACAGAGUGAGUUAAAGAAAGUAAGGGAGAUAAACUGAUUACGGUGGGACAGGAACAUCUAAACAUAGAAUGAUGGGAGACGUUGGCAGGCGAUCAUCUGAAAGAAAAUGGGAAAUGGAAAACAGAUAAUGAGAUAGUGGGGAGAUAAAGAAGUGAUCCCUCUCGUCUCCUGUGAGCCUUGGCUGUACGUGUUUGCCAGUACAGUUGGUUUUCUUUAUAUAGUUUCCUAGGGAACGCUCUAUGUAUUCUGGUGUCCAUAUGUGUGGAUCAUUUUCCUGCAAACGACAGUUUGUGUCGUGACCGCGAGUCAAGGAUCCUGACCAGAAACAAGUCAGCUGACAAAAACAUCGCAAAUUCUGAGCAAACAAACGUAAAAAAAAAGGGAAAGAUUUGAAAUAACGCAGGCCGCAGGAAACACUGUCCACUUUACUUUCAAUGUUGCACAUCUCAUUUUUGUAAAA